UUCUUUACGCCUUUCUUCCAUGGCUAGGAGUUGUCCAAUCUCAACCUCCUUCAUUAUCAUCAUUGUUUUAAGCCAUUUUACAUCAAGCAUAGGGUUGAGACCAUGGCCUGAUGUGCUCCCAAAUGAACUCCAGUCCCUCGAUAUUGCGUCCCGACUCAGGGUGGAUCCCGAUGCCACUAGAAUGACCUCUAGGGAUUUUGGCAAACUUGUUCAUCCGCCAAAUCCAGCUGCAGUUCUUUAUCCUUCUUCCAUAGAAGAUAUUGCAUCUCUAGUCAAGUUCUCUUAUAAUCGUUCCUUUCCUUUUAGCAUAGCCGCCAGGGGCCAAGGCCAUUCCCUCCGCGGACAAGCCAUGGCUCCUCAUGGGGUUGUGGUGGAGAUGAGAUCGUUAAAUAACUGCAGCCGUGGAAGCGGAAUUAGGGUUACCAAGAAUCCGAUAUCGGGUUCCUAUGCUGAUGCUGGGGGUGAGCAGCUAUGGAUUGAUGUGCUGCAAGCUACGCUCAAACAUGGACUUGCACCAGUGUCGUGGACUGACUAUUUGAACCUAACAAUUGGUGGUACACUCUCUAAUGCCGGAAUUAGCGGCCAGACAUUCCGCCAUGGUCCUCAGAUCAGCAACGUCUAUGAAAUGGAUGUUCUUACUGGUAAAGGGGAACUUGUGACUUGUUCCAAAGACACAAACUCCGAGCUGUUUUUUGCGGUUUUAGGAGGUCUCGGGCAGUUUGGGAUUAUAAUAAGAGCAAGGAUCGCUCUAAAACCGGCACCAAAAAGAGUAAAAUGGAUACAGAUGCUUUACGAUGACUUCUCCACAUUUUCUAGAGACCAAGAACAUUUGAUUUCAAUCAAUGGACUGGACUAUUUGGAAGGUUCACUCUUGAUGCAAAAUAGUUCUCCUAAUAACUGGAGAUCCUCUUUCUCACCCUCUGAAUACCCGAGAAUAUCUUCACUAAUAUCCAAGAAUGGCAUCAUCUACUGCCUUGAAGUGGUCAAGUAUUACGAUGAACUCACAAGCCAUACAGUUGAUGAGGAACUCCAGGAUCUGCUUAAAGGCUUGAAUUUCCUUUCUGGUUUUGUUUUCACAAAAGAUGUCUCCUUAGUAGAUUUUCUAAACCGAGUUCAUAGCGAAGAGCUAAAUCUUCGAGCAAAAGGACUGUGGGAUGUUCCUCAUCCAUGGCUGAAUCUCUUUGUUCCGGGAUCCCGUAUCUCAGACUUCAACUCAGGUGUCUUCAGGGACAUUCUCCCCAAAAUAAACCAGACCACUGGAACAUUCCUCGUCUACCCAAUGAUCCGAAACAAGUGGGAUGAUAGGACGUCUGCAGUGAUACCAGAUGAAGAUAUAUUCUACACUGUAGGAUUGUUGCAUUCAAGUGGGGCUGAUGACUGGGAACCCUUGGAGAAUCAAAACAAAGAAAUACUCCAGUUUUGUGAUAAAGCGGGUAUCAAGAUUAAGCGGUACCUUUCCCGCUACACAACCAAGGAAGAUUGGAUGAAUCAUUUCGGCCCGAAAUGGAGGACCUUUGAAGACAGGAAAGCUCAGUUUGAUCCGAAACUGAUAUUAUCACCUGGACAGCAAAUUUUCAAUUCCAUUUAAGUUUUAGAACUGGACAUUUGGGUUGAGGUUUUUAAUAAAAAGAACAGAAGAAAAUACAAAUAAAUACUUCCAUUCAUGGAAAACCCAGUAUUAGUCAAUUAGCUAGCACGCAUAUUUGUUUUGUACUUUAUGUUACAGGGUUGGAAGAUCAAAAAUGUACUUCUUUAAGGGAUUCCUGUAUAUUUCAAGCAUCAGUUGUAGUGUUAAUUUUCUAUAGAUUAAAAAGUGAAUUUUCAUUAGCUCAGCUCUUAUUAUAUGAGGGUUUAUGAUGAAUUAAUUCAGUCAGUUGUCUUUUGAACCA